AUGCGGGCUGGGGCGGCGGGGGCGGCGCCGCCGGAGGGGCGGCGGGCGGCGGAGGCUGCGGCCGCCCGGGUUGCCAUGGAGCGGGAGCGCCGGCUCCGCGCUCCCUGCGCCGGCAAGGCGCCGCGGAAGAAGCGCCGCUCGUCCCCUCUGCCGGGGGCGGUCGCUCUCCCGGGCAGCCGGGCCGGCAGCUCCCAGAUAUGCCGGCGGCGCCUGUUCGGCAGCGCGGGGCCCGAGCCCGCCUGCCAGAAGAAAAAGUUCAGUGGGAAAAACUUACCAAAGAUUAAAGAAAAUGUUGAAUAUACUGAAGAGAGAUCUUCAUGCAACCGAAGCUGCAGCAAUCAAGUGACUGUCAGUGAAACAACAGGCUUCAAGAUAAAAGAAGAUGAAACUGAAGAAAGCAGUGUACCACUGAAGGAUUCCAAAAUAAUUAACUUUGAAAGUAAAGGAAGUUUGAAAAAUGCUGAAGUGACUUCAAGUACAGAAAUUACUCUUCCCACAGGUGUUUCCACCUUUCUCAUAGAGUGUUUAGAUGAAGAUUCAGCUGCAGAUUACAGCACUGCUAGUGACAGCCUGGAAAUUUACUCAUCCCCUGAAACAUUCAGAGAUGAUGAUUUGGACAUUGGCAAGUACAAGAACUCUACUCUCCUGGACUCCAGCAAAGCAGUGACUAUUGAUAAGAUACCACAGAUCUCAAAUCUUUCAGCAAUAUUAGAACCUGUACCAAAGGAUUUUCCAGAGCGAUGCACUAAAAGAAAGAGACCAUCAAGUUGCUAUUACAGUUCUUCAGGAUUAAACAUUUCAACUACACUGGCAGGAAAAAAACUCUGUAAAAUAACAGCUGCAAGCGAGAGAACUCCAGACCUAAAAAGUGGUAUGCGCUGUUCUUCACCAUUAGGACCGGAAAGCAAGUAUGAUAAUCGAACAGUUAAAGCCAAAAGGCUGAAGAAAAAAGAAAGCAGUUUUAAUCCCUUUGAAGAAGGUUCAUCAUCGUUUAGGCAGCUUGAUGCCCCAGAAAACAAGUCAGCCCGAUCAAAGGGCUUGACAGCAGAAGCUCUGCCAAACAAACCUACACGUGCUGUGGUGCAAAUGACUUCCACCAUGCUAAUCAUGGAGGAAGAUAAAGUCCUAAAAAAUCCUGGUAAUUCUCAGCUUCUAGAGCUAGAUCUUAGCUUGUCGCCGGUGUGUAAAGCCUCACCUGGGGAAGACCUGUUCCUGAAUACCACAGGUCCAUUUGUUAACUCAGAAGAAAUUGUUCCUGCAUCUCUGAGCUCAGAAAAAGAAAUUAUUCCUCAAAGUCCAGAAGAAAGGAAUAUUUUAAAGCCUCUGUGUGAGAGACGAGAAAUCUGCUCCAUCGUUCGACUGUCACCAGAACCGAGGCCUUCCCGGCUGCAGCAAGCUCCAGUUAACUCAAAAAAGUUCUGCCUUCCCAAAAGAGUGCCUGAAGAUACUAUAACAAGUACCAAAAAUUGGACCUACUCUAAACAGAGAUGAGAUUUUUGGCUCUCAACAGGAGUUAACAGAAGAAAUGACUGUCUUGCUGCUGUGACAGGGUGGUAAAACAGAACUCCUAACUAGUAAAUAAUGGUUGUAUGUUGUUUGAAAGUUAGUAUUACGUGUUUCAGUAAGCUAGUAAAUACUCAAAUACUUUAUAUUAAAUUAUUUUGUACAGCAGCUAGAUCCUGCUCUGGGCAUUAUUCUGUAAGCAUUCCAUAAAGAUGAUUCUUCAGUUUGUUUAGAUUUUUAAAAAGUUUGACUGGAGAACAACAGACCAAAUUCCUUUAAUAGAACUACUUUUGGCUCUGUCUGCCAAGAUUUCUAGUUUUCUCCAGCAGCAUUAGCAUCUAAAGAGGGGAGCUCUGUUUAAGUGUUCACAUUGACUGUGAAGGUAGCUGCAUGUCCUGGGAGUGGCCAUGAAAGCAUUCAUGUACUCUUGGAGACCCAGAAGUCAAUAGUAUGCCACUAUUAAACUCCUUGAAUGCUUAGGUCUGCAGAACUGUGGAGGUGCAGGGCUGUGAGUUCUGCUGUAAUUUGAUUUCUGAACAUGACUACAGGUCGUCUUCACCCCAUCAUCACUGAGAAUUGGCUCUUAAUGAUAGCACUGUCACCAUUCUGGGCACAUCCACUGCCCAGCCAGAGUCCUUCCUGUUUCAUCUCAGGAAUUUUGUAAUACCACAUCUCUCAGUCAUUGUUUCUUCUAGUGGCUUCAGACUUAAAGUAAAAAAAAAAAAACCAAACAACCAUGAACACAAUGGUGGGAAAAACCCUUUUAUAGGUGAACUGUUUGAAGAGAUGGAUAUUGACAUUCUGGAUUUUCAGGCUACUGCUCACGCUGUGUCCACAUAAAUCAAAUUCCCAGUGCUUCCAGUUCAGGCUGUGGAUUGUUAAUUCAUAAAUGCUGUUCUUAAUGUGCUGAAUGUCUUGGAAAAUGCUGUCAAGAACAAUUUUUUUCCACUUGAAUUCAUUGCACAUUAAAGUAAUUUGGAGCCCUACAGUGUUCUCACUACAGUAUCCUUUACUCAGACUUUAUCUGGACGAAAAGGAAGUUUUUCAGUGUUUCAGAAUACUAGUAUGGCUUUCAAAAGUCUGAGUUUGUUUCUCAGUGUUAUCAUCCUUGAAAAUAGUUCUGUAUUUCCAAAAAGAGCAUUAAAAGAAGACAUAAAAAAUCUACAACUGUGGUUUGACUGCAUUUGAAAAUACCUGUGAAAGUUCAAACCGUGAUCUUUUCCCCAUUGCUCUGGGGUAGAAGGAAGUGCAAAUAAUUGCUGCUGGAUUAGUCUGUGAACAAGUAUUAUAUAAACAUUCUAAAUGGCUCAGGGUUAAAAA